AUGUGGGUUGAGGCGUACCGUGCAGCCUGCGCGGAAGUGCACACGGAUAUGCGAGAGGACAUCAGCAGCAGCGGCGCAACCGGAGAAUUGAUAGUGCGCGGCAACACUUUUCAGAACUUCAAGAACCGUGUGUGUGACACCGAUGUGCAUGCAAUAGUAGCGGCGCUCUCUAUGUACCCUGGCAUGUCGGCGCUGUAUCUCCCUUACAAUAACAUCUCCGACGAGGGUGGGCUGCUACUCGGCAAAGCGCUUGGGCAUCAGCUAAGCAGCAUCAUCACACUGGACGUGCAGUAUAACUCGCUGGGGACGGAGGCGGGUGUGGCGAUUGCGCAAGGACUGCAGCGCAACGACUCGCUCUGCCAUGUGACGCUCGCCGGCAACCCACUUGGCGGUCACUGUGGUGCGGCGCUCGGCGAGGCGCUACGGCAGAACAUGAACCUCGCGGUGCUGGAUCUCUUCAACACCGACUUGGACAUGACGGCGCUCGUGCAUAUUAGCCGUGCCUUAGAGGUGAACAAGGGACUUUCCUCGCUCAACAUCGGGCGACCACUUCUGCACGGCGUUGUCGAGGUGGCGAGCGUCGUGAAUCAUCUCUCCAUUGCUCUUCAGCGCAACUCCACAUUAGAAGAACUGCACAUGGCGUACUUCGGCCUUGUCGACGACUGCCUGCAAACCUUGGUGCUGGCUCUCUGCGGGUCGGCAGUCACGGCCCUCUGCAUCAAGGGCAACAAGCUGUCGCAGGACGCCGGUCAGCUGCUGGCGCGUCUUCUAGACCGUCGGCAUGACUUUCGAAGUCUCGAUGUCAGUUGCAACCGCCUGCGCGAUGCCGGGGCAGAGGCUCUAGCGAAAGGUGUGGCGCACCACCCUCAACUGGAGUCUCUCGAAUUUGAGAGCUGCACGAUCAGCGAGCAUGGUCUUGUGGUGCUCAUCGAAAGCCUCAGGAGCUGCGCGACUCUGCGUCGGCUAACGCUCUGGGGAAACGCUGUGACACCAGCGGUGGCUUCUGCGCUGACUGCGGUGUUUUGCGACCUGCGCGAGCUGGACCACAUUGACGUCGGCAUUGCGGAAGAGGACGGGCAGCUGGUGGCUUACCGUGCCUGA